AUGUCUGACCGAGGUCGCUCGUCCUCCCCGGCUGGGUCUGGUGGCCCUUCGGGAUCUGGAAGACGACCUUCCCAGUCCCCUGCGGCUUCUGCUGGCGGAUACGCCAAGCCACUUGGCUACGAUCCCGCAAAGCCUCUGAAGCAACAGGAUCAGGGCAACACUCGCAUGGAGUUGCCUCCUGAUGCCUACAUCUCUGAGACUAAGAAGGACAUGUUCACUCUUCGAAAGGGUCGCUUCAACACUGAAGGCAAGCCCGAGCAGAUUGAGGUCAACCAGUAUCGAAUGACCAAGUUUGACUUCAGCAAGAAGAUCUACCAGUAUGACGUUGUCAUCUCGCCCAACCCAGACAAGAUUGUACCUGUCAUGAAGAAAAUCUGGGCUCACCCUACGACCCAGAAGACCAUGAAGCCAUACAAGUUCGAAAUGUGGCUCUUUGACGGCAAGAAGCUGGCAUGGAGCCCAGCUCUUGUUGACCGCGGUGAACUUCGUUUCAGCGUUGACUUGGACGAAGGUCAACGUCCUGCUGGUGCUAAGCCUCGAGACGGCGGCAAGUUCUUCGUCACCAUUCGAAAGACCACUGAAAUCCAAGUCGCUGCUUUGCAGGGCUAUCUGAACCACAAGAUUUCGUUCAACAACAGUGUUCAAGAGGCACUGAACUUUAUUGAUCAUCUUGUUCGACAAUUCCCCUCCAAGAACCUUCUUGCCAUCAAGCGCAACUUCUACAGAACUGGACAGCCUGGAGCUCCUCUAAACGAUGGAGCCAUCGUCGAAGUUCACAAGGGAACUUAUGCUUCCAUUCGAAUGAGCGACAACUUGAAGCAAGGUGGUGUUGGCCUUGGCUACAACAUCGAUGUGGCCAACACUUGCUUUUGGAUUGGCAACCAGCCACUUGACAAGAUGGCGUGCAAUUUCCUUGCCACAUCUGAUUCCAACAAGUUCGGCGGCAUUCACCCUGGUAACCUGAACGAGCAUCUCAAGCCUGUCAGAGGCAAGACCGGAUGGGAAUCAUCCGAUGCCUUUAAGCAACUUCGCAAGUUACGUCGCCUCAGGUUCAAGGUGAAGCACAAGGGUCGUCCAAAUGAGGACAAGCUCUACACUAUCCAGGACUUCACGUUUGAUGCCAAGUUUGGUGAAGCUGGUUUCAAUUCUCGAACCCACACCUUUGAGAAGGAUGGUAAACAAACCUCAGUGUUUGAGUAUUACAAGAAUACGUACAAUGUCACUCUGCGACUUUCCCAUCUUCCCCUGAUCAACGCUGGCAAGGGAGGUUACAUUCCUAUGGAACUUGCCUUCAUUGACAACAUGCAGCGUUAUCCAUUCAAGCUGAACCCCGACCAGACAGCCGCGAUGAUCAAGAUCGCUGUCACCCGCCCUGCUGUACGCAAAUCAGACAUUCAAAAGGGAGCUGCCGCUCUUCAGAUCGGCCAAGAUCCUUAUCUGAAGGAGUAUGGUGUCAAUUUCGAAGCCCAAUUUGCGAAGACCGAGGCUCGUAUCUUGCCUCCCCCAGUUGUCAAAUUUGGUCAGGGUCAAGCGGAUCCCAAGUUCGCUGGUCGCUGGGACUUGCGAGGCAAGAAGUUCUUCAAGCCGAACACUGCGCCUCUCCAGAACUGGGGCUUUGUUGCCUGUGAGGUACAAGUUCCACUUCCCGUUAUGCAGGCUUUUGCCGCAUCUUUCAAGACCACAUUUACGGGCCAUGGUGGAAAGGUGACGAGCGACCCUCAGCUGCUGAAUGCACCCGGCAACCUCCGGUAUGAACCCGCCAAGAUUGUUGAAUGGGCUCAUAACCAGAUCACUACUCGGACCAAGGGGUACACUCAGCUUUUGUUCAUAAUUGUGUCCAAGAAGAACAGCGGUACCUACGAGCGCCUCAAGAAGUCUGCAGACUGCAGAUACGGUAUUCUCACCCAGGUCGUGCUCGCUAGCCAUGUUCAAAAGAAUAAUGGUCAGUACCACUCCAACGUUUGCAUGAAGGUGAACGCCAAGCUUGGUGGUGCAACUGCAUGCACUCCUCCCUUGUGGAAGACCCAAACAUUCUUUCCCGACGCUCGCCCGACCAUGAUUGUAGGCUGCGAUGUCUCUCACGCUGCUCCCGGUGGUGUCACUGCUUCAGUGGCUUCCAUGACCAUGUCUGUGGACAACAAUGCCACGAGAUACGCCGCAGUUGCUGAGACCAACGGCUAUCGGGUUGAGAUGCUCACACCUACCAACGUUCGGUCGAUGUUUGGACAACUUGUUCCCCUCUGGAGGGGGGGCCACCCUGGCAAGGUCCCUAACCACUUGAUCUAUUUCCGAGAUGGCGUUGGUGAAGGCCAGUUUGCCCAUGUCCUGGAACAGGAAGUUUCCGAGAUCAAGAAGUUCUUCGCUGGAAGCCUUCGUCCCGAGCAGAUGCCCAAGAUGACGGUGAUUAUCGCUACCAAGCGCCACCACGUCCGUUUCUUCCCUCAGAGAGGUGACAAGAAUGGAAACCCUCUGCCAGGUACCCUGGUCGAAAAGGAAGUUACCCAUCCAUUCAUGUUUGACUUCUAUCUCAACUCUCAUGUUGCUAUUCAGGGCACUGCACGACCAGUCCAUUACUCAGUGAUCCUCGACGAGAUGGGCAUGCCUGUCAAUGAUCUGCAGAAGAUGAUCUACCAACAAUGUUACUCUUAUGCACGAUCCACCACUCCGGUCUCUCUUCACCCGGCCGUUUACUACGCGCAUCUCGCUAGCAACCGAGCUCGCGCUCAUGAGAACAUGGCCUCAAGUGAUGGUUUCCGAACUGGCGCGAAGGGACACGAGAUUGCUCGAGAGAAGCAAGCUCAUGGUGUUGGCUCGUCGGCUCCUAACAGGACUCUCGACGCACCUCCCUUGAUUCGCCUUGGAGGACCUCUCACCCAGCCUCCUGCAGAGGGUGAGGAACGUCAGCGAAACUUUUUCCGCUCGACCAUGUGGUACAUCUAA